GUGAUUAUCAAAAAAAGUAAUAAUUACAUAAUUUCACUACAUGAUUAGAAAAGAAUGAAUUCUAUGUAUAAAAGAAAUAAUAGAUAUGACCGUGCAUGUACCAUAUAGUGCUUGGAGUGAACAGUGUCGAGCACUACUUGAAGUUCAUUCAAAACUAGAUGCUCUUUGCGUUUGCGAUCAUGGAAGUCGUGUACUAGGAAGUGCAUUUAAAAUCCCGGAAUUCGCGAGUAUAACUAAUUUGAGUACAAAUCAAGUUCGUGCUAUACGUUUGGUUAUGGCAAAAAUUGGCACACAAAAACUAAAUAUUGAUUUUUUAAAUGAUCGUUUUGUUGUUAUUGAUGCAAACAAUGAAAUGUUAUCAGCUAAAUCUGGUAAAAAAAGUUUAUUUGUUGAAUUAACUAAAACAUUAUGUGUAUUCGGUUUGUCAAUGGAUACAGAAACUGAAAAUAAACAUGCAACUGCGCUUGAAGCAAUGCGAGAUAUACAAAAGUAUUAUGAAGAUGCAGAAUUUUAGCUUAUCAAUUGAUUACUUAUUAUACAUGUACAGUUGACAACUACAUAUCAUUUUCUCAUAUUAUGAUAAUUGUUAAAGCUUUUUU